UCGGUAAAGCCAAAUACUACUAAGUUUGGUCCAGUGGUUAGCCGCCGUCUCCUGGCCAGCCUAGCUGCCCAAGCUCGGGGUGUUCGUUUAUUCUGGGUUGGUCUCGUCCUGAGUCCUUUAAUUUGGCUGCUAUUUACAUUUUCUGCUCUUCUUUCGCUUCGUCUCCGUUGGCUACUUGUAUGCAUCUUGGCUGAAGGACUUUCGUGCGCCAACCUAUAUGGGUAUCUCCGCUGCCAGCUGGCCGCUGGUGAAUCUGCAGUAAACUCUACGUCUGGUACUGGAGAAAGUGGAUUGACUGAGAGCUGGCAGCUAUCGCUGGCCAGUCAAGCAAUUCGCCAGCUCCGGACAGUCUUGCUGCCGAACAAAUCCGAUUCAAUUAACAAAAUGAGCAUUCCUCAAGAUUUGGCUACCGGGAUACCACAGCCCAAUUCAUCUGAAUCAUCUGUUCCCUCAACGAUUUGA